CAGAAACAUGGCGCUGGAUGAGAAAAACUGCGGAGCGGAGGCUAUGGGUCUCGGGGUCACGUGACAUGAUGUGCAGGGCUGCUCUCAGCGAUUGGCUGUGAGUCUGCUGAAGUCUACUCAGCACAGAGAUCUAUAAAACGAGACUAGAUGAUAUCGUUUCAUCAUGGGGAGAACUUACUAUGUAGAUGAAGCAGUGGAAAAAUAUUUCACAAAGAUUAUUCAACAAGAAAAGUCUUAUGUGACUGGACUCCUUAUAGGACAUUGUUCCUUACAGAGAGAUUAUGUUGUUCUGGCUGCUCAAACACCACAAAAAGAAGACCAGGCUGAAGUCUCUAAAAAAAAAUCUACUACUUCCAAGCUGGAUGAAAUUGACGAUGAGUGGGUUUCUAUUCAUGCAAGUCAGGUAAAUCGGAUGCUUCCUGGUGGUCUUUUGGUUGUUGGCAUAUUCCUUAUAACAUCUCCAGAGCUUUCAAAGGACUCCCAGAAUGCUUUACGAAAGCUCAUCUUUGCUGUAGAUAAAUCUUCAAGAAAGAACAGGUUGUGGAGUCUCAAUGAAAAUGACGUCACUGACAGAGUGGCCAUGCACAUUUGUUUAGCAACAAAGAAGAGUACCUGCAGAACCUUUGAUGUCACAGACCAAAAGAGUACAGCAAAGCCAGCAGAUUGGAAAUAUCAAAAUGCACCUUCAUCUUGGCUUACUGUAGACUGUAGUGUUCAUGUAGACCUGACCAUUCCUUUAUCUUCAUGUGCAACUGAUAAAGAACGGCAGAAAUGUACAAGGCAAGGACUGGAACAGUGGGCAAAAGAACUUGAAAAUGCAGUCCUACUUUUCAAUGGACAAGUGAAAGACAGUGAAGGUGACCUGGUUGAAGAGCAGAAAAAAUCCAAGUCAGUUGCACAUUCCAGUGCUCCGAUCAUCUCUGCAAGCAUUCUUACAACUGCAAAUUCUUUUAAUCGUUCAACAGCACUUGUCCGAGCCUGUAAGUCUUCUCUAAGUAUUCAGGGAAUUGUAAAAUGUAAAGGAUAUGUUAGCACCAACAAACCCAAAGUAAAAGAUGCUGUGCAGGCUAUAAAAAGAGAUCUUCUUAAUACCGUAUCAGACCGUUGUGAAAUUCUGUUUGAGGAUAUCAUCCUUAGUGGAUCCCAGCAAGAGCCUGAGAAGACACCUUCUCCUCUUCCUCAGCGUGUAUUUAUUCCCAUCCCUGGCGCAAACGUAAUGCUCUGUGACUAUGUUUUUGGAGAUGAGACAGAGGAAGACUUGAAAAAUCGGUUCCUUGAGAUGUUAGAUCAGGAAGUGCAUUAUAAAGCGCUAACGUUUGUAGAGGAGACCGAUAACCAGGACACACAUGGAAAUGAGCAUCGGCCUCAUCAUGAUUCAUAUAAACCUGAUAAUCCAUCAAAUGAAGAAACACAUACAGUACAAAGGGACAUAUCUGCAAAAUUUCAACAGAAUAUAGGAAUUCUAAUGGCAACAGCAGUUGUUCUUCUAGCAGCUCUGAUCUCCUUACAUUAUCUGAAGGAGUAACCAUUUGUCAUAAUUUUAUAUCUAGAAUGCUUAUGCUCCAUUUCAUAAAGGAGAAGUAGCAGUCUGCCAUCAGCGUGAAUUACUAUGUUAGUUCAGCCAUGUAACGUGAGAGCUGUAUCACACACAUCCGCCCUGCCAUGAUGCAAAUCAUAGAUUAUCCGUGGAUUUCUUAUUUACUUGGUAUUGGUUAAAGCAGUUGUCUCACAAAGGACAUGAAUUACCUACACACACGUCUGGUCACUGGGGGCACCCACAAUUACUAGAUCAGGGGUCCUGAGCCCACUCCUCUCCCCCUGUCAGUUUGAAUGGAGUGGCAGGGUGGACCAUAGACCACUUCUCCAUUUAAAGCUGUCCUCAAUGCUGUCAUACAAAUAAAACGUUUCUAUCCUCGAUAGAGUGUCCACUAAAUGCUGCAGGAUCCAACUCCGUAAUAGGUCUGUAUUUCCACUUUCACACAAAUGAGAACAUUACCGGAUCCGCGAUACAGUCAUGCAGUGACCAGUCCUGGUGGUGGAGCCCCGGGAAAUCAGAUAUUUAGAACCCAUCCUAUGGGACAACUCCUAUAAAAGCAAUGUUUUAUCACAAUUUAAUGCACUCUUCUGUAAUAUCCUUUGCACUCUUAAUAAAUUGGUAAAGUCUGGUGAAAAUAAAA